CUGUUUGCAAUGGCUACAAUUAACGCAGUACGACCCCUAGUAAGGAUGCAGUUAUUCUAUAAAGGUGUCUCUGUCAAUGUAGCCGAAUAAGCCAUGCUGGUAUAAAACCCCUUCACGCUGGUAUUACUUUACUAUUGUAAUGUAAAUAAUAACAUGCCGGCUGCAGCAUUGGAGUAAUGCAGCCGCUUCAGGGGUGGAGGUUGGUAGCCAACAGCCAAGGGGGAAGGUGGGAUCUGGUCCAAGGACUCUGAAAGAAUGUUGUUAAAAAGUCAGAUUUAAAAAAAAAAAAAAAAGGGCAGGAGAGAAGGGAUCAGAGUCCUCCAUUCGCCUGGCUGGGGCGCAAUACAGGAAUAUCCAGACUGCUUUGUGCUGCAACAUAUCCCAGGGAAGGGAGCCUGGAGGGAGGUUUGCCCGGAUUAGAUUUUUGCUAGUAAAUGUUGAUGAACGUCAAUUUCCCCGUGCGCACGUGCCACCCAACGAAAAAAAUCUUUCCAUCACCGAUAAUCGAAAUGGACAGCUAGGCAAAGUAAGAACAACGUUGCUUGCGAAUUUAUUAGCGUGAUUUUAAGGCUGUUUACGUUGCAUAUUCUGAGAUGUGCUGUUGACAAUUUUUUUUUUUUAGUGGCGAUAAAGCUUUCACUUUUUGGGGUCUUAGCCCCUGAUGUCAUUAAACAAUUACUGCCUAACCCUCGCCCCCGCCCCACAUUGUCUGAGCCAUAUAAUUUCGCACACCUGUGAAAAAUUAUUUUAAAAAAUUGAAUUCUGCGAAGAGGUUCUGGGAACAAGGUGCGUGUGCCUGUUCUGUGUGUUGAACUGCAGGCAUUAAAGGAGGGGUUGCAGCAGAUCUGUUUGCCUCAGGGUGGUUCUUAGCAGCCAGGUGGCCAGGCGUGAAAAUGCCAGUCGGCACUGACUGGCCCCUCUUUCUGGCAGCCUCAGAAGUGAGGUCAGACUAGAUGAUCUGGCCUUGCAAGCUACCAAUGGGCCGUGAAGAUUAAACUCCCCUCUCUGCCCUAUAGGGGAUCUCUCCAGAAUAGGGCUGAGUUGGGUGGGAGUGCGUCUGGGUGCCCACCAAACUUCCUCAGAGAUUGCCAAGGUCCCAGGGGCUGUCAUCUUGUCCCUUUCACCAGCUCUAAGAUCCCUGGGGCUGAGAGUGGUAAACGUUUCUGGAUUCUUCAUUUGCAGUGACUUUGACUUGCGCUGCUUUGGGCCCUGAAGGUUGUUUACAGCUGCAAGGAGGUUUCCGGCUCGCUAUCUGAUCGGGUAGAGGAAGCUGAGAGGUCCAAAGUCCUCUGACAUGAACAGCAAGAGAAACAGAAACGGCCAGGCUUUCCCGUGUAUCCCAGGGGAACAUGUCCUGGAAGAGGCAGCUCGCGUGAGGAAGAUUGUCCGCUCCAGGGAUGGCGAAGGAUCCAUCCUGGGCACACUGUACUGCACCAACUUGAGAGUCGCCUUCGUGCCAGAGCCGGCCCCGGGUGACACGGUGGGGGCCCCUCGCUGUUCCACUUGCCUGCACAGUGAGCACGACGUGGCCCUGCCCUGCAUCGGGAGGCUGGUGGCAGUGAACAGCUUCACCAAGGCCAAGGUGCUGACAGCCAACUCUACUCUCAAGUUCAUCCCGGAGGAGCUGGUCCUCUACUGCCGGGACUUCCGGGUGCUGCGUUUCCGCUUCCGCGACAGCGGCUUGGAGCCCCGGGCCUGUCAGGUGACGCUGGCCAUCGUGCAGGCUCAGGAGAGCAGCAGCACCAGCGCGGGGACGUGGUACGACAGUGGCGCUAUAAGGAACCUGGAGAACGCCUGGCUGAGCACGGAGGAGUCGUUGUCCCCCCCGACACUGCUCUUCGAGAGGCCCUGCGACUGGGAGAAGGAGCUGAGGCGGCUCGGGGCUGCUGGCUGGAGGGUCAGCCCCGUCAACGAGCGCUUCGACAUGGCCACCAGCCUCCCCAAGUACCUCUGGGUCCCCAGCAGGCUCCUGGACAACGAGCUCAAGAGGGCCUUCGGCCACUUCAACGCGAGGCGCAUCCCAAGGCUGUGCUGGCAUCACCCGGGAGGCAGCGACCUGCUGAGAGCCGCCGGCUUUCACGCUGAUUCAGACCCCGAGAAGGAAGACGUGAGGUCUGUGGAAGCGCUGAUGCUCGCCGGCCACGCCCAGUGCGUGAUAGUGGAGACCGCCGCCGACCUGCCCAGCCCUGCAGAGAUCCAGCUCUCUUACCUCAAGCUUCGGGCCCUCUGCCUUCCUGACUCCUCUGUGGCCGAUGAGAAGUGGCUCUCUGCCCUGGAGGGGACACGCUGGCUGGAGCACGUCAGAGCUUGUGUGAGGAAAGCGAGCGAGGUGGCUGCCCUGCUGGCGGAGAGGUCCCGCUCCAUCAUCCUGCAAGAGUCAGACGACCGGGAUCUGAACUGCCUGCUGGCCUCCCUCGUCCAGGUCCUGUCGGAUCCCCACGCCCGCACCCAGUCUGGGUUCCAGAGCCUGCUGCAGAAGGAGUGGGUGGUGGCAGGGCACCCCUUCCUUCAGCGCCUCAACCUCCUCCGGGACAACGACCGCGAGGAGUCUCCGGUGUUUCUGCUUUUCCUGGAUUGCGUGUGGCAGCUGCUCCAGCAGUUCCCAGCAUCCUUUGAGUUCACAGAGACCUACCUGGUGGCCCUCCAUGACAGCAGUUACAUACCCUUCUUCAGCACCUUCCUGUUUAACUGCCAGUGGGAGAGAGAUCGCAGGAAUCAGCACCGUGCCUCCAACCAGAUCUACGCGCCAGUCAAUGGCUGGCGGGAACUCCCUCCCCUGGAGAUCCUGCAGAAGGGUGGCCGCCUGGCGAAGGAGAGAGGGGGCCCCUAUUUGCCCACCAUCUGGGACUGGGCGCUGCGCUACACCACCCAGCAGAGGGCGCAGUUCAGAAAUCCCGCCUAUGCCAGGGGCAGUGGCAGCACUACCGUUCCAAAUGGCAAAUCUUCCCCACUAGGGGGCGACAAGCUGGAAGCUGCCUUGUCUGGGAACAGGGCCGUGUACCUGUUUGCCAAGGGGGCCCUCUCGCCGCAGAUCCACCUCUUCCCCUGGAAGAACGGCUCGCUUUCCAAAAAGGGCUGGUGGCGGGCUCAGUCCUCAGAGAGCCUCAGCGAACAGGACCGGUCCUUGAGGAGCAAACCCAGCGGCUGCCCCCUGCAGCCUGAGGGGCUGCUGCUUCCUGCCUCUGCGGGCCCCCUGAUCCGGCUCUGGAGAAGGUGUUACCUGCGGGGGAGCCAGGAAGUUCAGCGCGGCCUCUUUGCCUCCACGCUCGCUGAGCUCGCGGAGGAGCUGGACCGGCUUCGAAAGCAACUGGGCGACUGACAGGCGAGGGGACCUGCUAGGGUGACUCACCGUGGCAUCCCCCUGAAGGCGAAACGCCCCGAAGACUGGACAGCCUCGCGUCCCUGCUGCCACGCUGGAGAUGGGAGCGCGCCCCUGGCAGAACCGGAUCUGUCCACUGGACCAAGGGCGGGACCUGGGUUUUUAGGAAUGGCUUCAACAGACUUUGGGCCUUGCUGUCCCUCCUGACGCUGGGAGCUGCCCGUCCUUCUGUGGCUGCAGGAAAGGGAACCGGGCAACCCCGUCCGUCGAAAGGGCUCGCUCCCACUCAUGCAGCUCAGGGUGGUGGGUGCCCAGAUAGCCCUGGCUCCUCCCAAGUGCUACCUCCUCAAAAUCAGGCCCAACCCCAAAGCCCCCACCCGGCCCUGAGUCUGGUUAACACC